UCUAUCUACUUUCACUUUCAUUUUCGUGCGCGAUCAAGAAACGACGAUAGAUCAUAAACGAAAACUAAGAAAACUUCCUGUCUGUGCUAGCCCAAAGAGUAUUUAUUAGGGGAUGGCAACUUUUUUCAACAGGAUAGAAUUAUCUACAGGAGACACCGUAUACCUCCUUGUAAAUUAUAAAAAUGAAGAUGCUGACGAAUUUUUGCUGUCCAUCUCAGAUGGAAGCCAAGUAUCUAAAGGAAAAUUUGAUGAAGACGACAUUGAGGAAAUGAGGAAAACGCUGAAAAUGGAUUAUGAAUCCCUAUUAAAGAAAACAAAAGAUGCUUUGAGUUGUGAAACUUCCUCUGGUUGGUCAUUUGAAUACAAACUCAACCCCAAAAGAACAGAGUUCCAGUGGUAUUAUGCUCCAGAUGAAGAUUUAACUUACAUGUUGGGGAGUUGUUCCCUAAAACCAGCAAAAGAUCCCUCAAAAUCCAUGUCUGAAAUCCUCAACCACUGUAUAGAAAGACAGAAGGAACUAAAAGAAAAAGUCUCAGUACUACAAACAGAUUAUGACAGAAUAACACAGGAAAGGGCUAAUGCCCUCAAGAGGUUGGAAAAAUGUGUUGUUGCAAAGGAGGAAUUAGAAAAAGAAUUAUACUCAAAGUUUGUUGAUGUUUUAAACAGCAAGAAGGAAAAAAUAAGGCAGCUUAAAAAUCACUACACAAAUGGCACAGAUUCACUUCCAGGACCAUCAAAUGCAGAUGAACCAAUCAAAACACAGGAGAAAAGGUUAAAGAAAAGGUCAGCACCAAAUGAUGAAGAAAUGAGUGAUGCAGAAACAACAGAUGAAGAAAAGAAUUCAUCACAAAAAGGUAAAAAGUCUAAAAAGGAGGUGAAGAAAAGUCCCCAGAAGGAUGACUCUAUUGUGUUAGAUACUGGGGAGGAGAGUCUCGGGACAUCAAUGGUGUCUAGACCACGGAGAAAUGCUGAGUCAAACAAACGUAAAACUCCAUCCAAACCUGUCCUACCAAAAGUUUCAUCAUCAGAAAUAAAGCCAGAGAGACCUGUCAGAAUGAAAAAAGCCACCUCCUCUACAUCAAACCGAUCUUCUGACAACAUCGAUGCUGAUGACCUCAUUGACAAUUUAUGAUGGUGUCAUUGGCAAUUUGUGAAGAUGUCAUUAAAAAGUGUUUGAUGUUUUUACUAACUACAUCAAAAUGUGCAAGGACAAGAUGUAAAACUUAGGAUGUUCAUAAGGAAAGUAUCAGGACAGUUCUAUUGAUAGUGUUAAUUACCAGAGUGUGUUUUAGACCAGUAUUUAUAUUAGUUAGUGCCAGGAAUGGAAACUGUUUAGUAGUAAUAUUAGAGCCAUUAAUGAAAAUUUGUAGAUUUAUUCCAACAAUUAAGACUUUUGAUCAAGAAGCUUUUAAAAAAUAUGAAUUUGUUUGUAUAAUUAUAUUAUUAAAUAAUAUUUAACUUUCA